AUGGCAGACCACGAGCAGGAACAGGAACCCCUCUCCAUCGCCAUCAUAGGCGGCGGCAUCAUCGGCCUUAUGACAGCCCUGGGGCUUCUCCACCGCAACAUCGGCAAGGUGACAAUCUACGAGCGCGCCUCAGCUUGGCCCGACAUUGGGGCCGCAUUUGCCUUCACCGGAAUCGCCCGCGAGUGCAUGCAGCGCCUUGAUCCCGCAAUUCUAUCCGCUCUCUCCAAAGUUGCGCAGCGCAAUCCGCAUGAUAAAGUGCGGUACUGGGACGGAUUCCACCCGAAAAGCAAAGAGGAGGCACAGGAUCCAGAGAAGAGCGUGCUGUUUGAGAUCGAGGAGAAGAAUAUGGCGUACUGGGCUUGCUUGAGGGGUGUUUUUCAUGCGGAGAUGGCGCGGUUGCUGCCCGAGAGGGUUGUGAGGUUUGGCAAGAGGCUGGUGGCAUAUGAGGAUGGUGGGGACCAGAAAGUGGUGCUGAGGUUCGAGGACGGGGAGGUGGAGGAGGCAGAUAUUGUGAUCGCAUGCGAUGGCGUCCACUCCACGGCCCGCAGAGUCCUCCUCGGCGCAGAACACCCUGCUGCAAACGCCAGGUACUCUCGCAAAGCUGUCUACCGCGCUCUCGUGCCUAUGCCAGCAGCAAUUGAUGCGCUGGGGACCGAAAAGGCGCAUGUCCAGAUCGCACAUUGCGGGCCGGACGCGCACAUUGUCUCUUUUCCGGUAAACAACGCCCAGAUCUAUAAUGUUUUCCUCUUCACGCACGACUCGAACGAGUGGACUCACGGCCACACCAUGACAGUGCCCAGCUCGAAGGAGGAGAUACUCUCGGCGGUCGAGAACUGGGGCCCGCAUAUCAAGGAACUUGCCAGCCUCUUCCCGGAACAGCUAAGCAAGUACGCCAUCUUCGAUCAGGCGGACCACCCGCUUCCUUACUAUGCCGCUGGCCGGGUGGCGCUGGCCGGUGAUGCCGCGCACGCGUCCAGUCCGUUCCACGGGGCUGGGGCCUGUAUGGGCGUUGAGGACGCGCUUGUUCUCGCUGAGUUGCUUGAGAAGGUCCAGAACGGCUCCGCGUUCAAGGAGAAGAAGUCUAAUAUUGAGCUUGCCCUGAAGACUUACAGCGAUGUGAGGAUUGAGCGUAGCCAGUGGCUUGUGAAGAGCUCAAGGGAGAUGGGAGAUCUCUACGAAUGGCGGUAUGAAGACAUUGGGGGUGACGGGGUAAAGUGUAAGGCUGAAUGGGAGAGGAGGAGCAGGGUGAUUUGGGAUUUCGAUGUGCAGGGCAUGGUCGACCAGGCGAGAGAAGCGUAUGAGCGUGCUGUAGUGAAGGUCUAG